GUUCUUUUCUCUACGGCAAACAUUGCAAUUGGUGUUACCGAUUAUAUCAAUAAUUGUCAUAAAAGUUCCGAUUGAGUUGAAGUUAGUAAAAGUUUUCUGCUCAAUAAUCUGCCAUAAAUUCCAGUCCAGCGAUGUGGACAUCUUGAGCGAGGAACAAUUUGUUCAGCACCUGCACCUCAUGGACAGGGCUCAUCGCCAGCGGCUGCUGCACGUGGCGAUGCCUCAUUUGGUAGGGAGGUUUUCUCACUUCUCAAGAUCUUCUCCACACGCUCUACAUGUUGUCACCUGGUGCCAGAUAAGUCGAGCUCACAAUCGUGAUGCCCUUUCUUUUGGUAGGGAGGUUUUCUCACUUCUCAAGAUCUUCUGCACACGCUCUACAUGUUGUCAUCUGGUGCCAGAUAAGUCGAGCUCACAAUCUUGAUGCCCUUUCUUUUCAACUGGGACAAUGUUCUAAGCUGGUCUAUCGCCUUCUGCAAUUCACUUCAUGUGCCGUCAUCAGAUACAGGCAAACUUGUCAAUCAGCGGUUCCUCGAUUUCAGUCAGUGUCGAUCACUUGCAGGUUCUGAAGGACGUCAGCUGUAGAAGAGCAAACCGUGCAUGUCUGAGAGACUCGACAUGUACGUUACCGCCAUUGUCUUUUAUCAUGCUUGAAUGCUGCGACCUGCCGACAGCAAACGAUGAGGAAACGAGAUGGAUUAAUUCCCGUUCCAGUCCUGGAUUUCCCUGCCGACGAAAACGAGGACCUCAACGUGCAAGCAGCCCAACUGAUUGUACGAGUCGGGCUAGCUCGAAUUCAUGCUCAGAAGUCGAGAAUUGAUGAACUUCUGCGGAUAGAGUAAGUACUCGACCAAUCACGGCAGGUGGAGAUGACAAUGGCUGCUGAAAAGUUCCGACUAGUGCUCAAUCACAAAUUUUGGGCCAGGAGUCGGAUGAAGCUGUUGUGCCUUCUCGAUCUCGAACCGAGAAGGACUGAGUGACUAGCCCAUCGAUCGAUCUAUCGAACAGGGCUGCUGGUGGGAGGCGAUGUGACCGUGAUCAGCGAGUACUGUACCUUCUCACCUCGAGCAGCCUCGAGGUCGGACGAGACUAUCAUCCCGGCGACGAGCUGCUGGAACCCGACACCAGGAACCAGGUCAUCUUCUCAGACGAGCCUAUCAGAUCGUCCACGUAAGACGGCCUGAAGUACGUGGACCUUCGAGUUCGGAAGGCCUUCGCUUAGAACCCUCCACGUUGGCCACCACGUAGUUGUCGGGCUUCUCCUGCUGCAGCCAGCAUGAACCACAUGGCCUCCAUUGUACAGCUCGUCCGGGCCGACGGAGUCCACCCACUUCCGUGAGGUCUCCGUAGUGCAGAUCCAUGCUGAUCGAUGUAGAUGUGCUCGAGACGCUGCGUGUCGAAGCUGGAUGCCUUUGCGGGCAGAAAUUCUGCGAGGUACGAGCCAAAUCUUGUCCGAUGAUGCCUGAGAUCAGAGCCCUCUUCAAUCCCGGAAGCUUCGUCUCGGCCAUUCUAGUCUUCGCUCUGCAGCCUAGCAUGCAAACACUGACUGUCUAUUUCAGAAUGCAGUACAUGUGAAAUGAAAAAAUCUACAACAGGUUCUUUUAGUCUUGUACAUACUUUCAAGUAUGGAUGCAGGAAACUUGUGGAUCACCAGCACAAAAGGUCUUCGUGAUCCAGAUUUCCAGUGGUUAGAGAAAUCGCUGAGAACUGUCAAGUCUAAAUGAAAAGGAGCUGAUGUCCCUUCUGCUGUAACUGCUCCCACUGGCCGCGAACGAAGUGUUGGGUACAGCUGCGUCUGUGGCUGUCUACGAAUACAUCUCGCGAUGCUCUUCGUUCAAUUCUCGGCUGCGAUAAGGCCCGCAUUCCCACUCCCAACCGAGCCCGAUCCGAGCUGCACGUUCCCCAUCAUUCGCAUCGAUCCAAAUCGUGCGGAACUUCCACCCUCUUGGUUCCAUCGGCCGACUGUAGACCCGUAUUCAGAUACAUCGGAGAGGAAUGGAAGAGUCUGCGUGGACCUCGUCGAGUGGACGAGCACAAUCCUUUGGUGGCGAAUUAGUUCUCAAGUGCGAGUGUUCAUCCCGUGCUCGUGAGCUUUAUAACAAAUUAUGGAAAUGUAUGCGUUUAACUUCAAAAAGCUCAGAGUCUGCCGCCCUCCAGUCGUACGAAUUUUAUCCAGCAGCGCAGUUCCAGGUCUCCCGAUGGGACAGGCGACAGAUGUGCGCUUUGCUUCUUGAAGUCGAAAGUUCCCCCACUUUUCCUUAUACUGUGCGGGGCACUGUCCACCUGAUUCGUGGGAGAUCCAUGGUCCUGUCAUCAUUCGGCGGGAUCACGUUCACAGACAAUUUCACGACGCUCAACUUCUUUCUUCUUGGCACUGGUCCUAAGUCCGAUGAGAUGAGCAUGCAUUUGCUGGAGCGGGGAGAAAACGUGUAAUGACGCAAGCUGAGCAGCCAAGGAGUUCUAGGUGCAUGCAUGCAUGCAGGCACCGUCAAGUCUCGUUACGGAUCUGCAAAACUC